UGGCGGCAAUUCGCGCCCACCUCCCGUGCAUCUCUAACUCUUGUGUGUUUUUCAGCGCGUUUUCCAUUCUAUAACAAAAAAACAAGUUACAAAAAGCAGGAAUAUAUUUAGCAGAAUGCCCGCCGGCCUGGUGAAAACACCGAACAAUGGAAAAGCCAAGGAAAGUGCACAAAAGUCCGCGGAGCGAACGACCAGCAAUGGCAAGAAAUUUGUGCAGACGCGUCUCCCGUUCAAGAUGAUUACGCCCAGCGGAGCACCCACUGCCGCCGUGUCUAGCACCUCUGGUUUGGAACCUGGAGCAGUGGUGAACCUGGAUGAAGAUGAUCCGCCGGUUACCAGGGAGCCCCGCAAGCGGAAGCUCUCCUAUGACGAUGAGACGCCGCCACAAGAGGGCACUGGCUGCUCUACGGAACAAGGGCUAGAGAGCAAGGAGAACCUUAAUUUGAGCGGUGCCAUAGCCACCAAGAAGGUGAAGACUACGGCAGAAGCUGUGGAGGAUCAAGUUAUCGAGCUAAACGAUGACAACAAUGAGGAAAUGGGUAGCAAAGCAGUAGAGGAAGUGGCAGCUGCGCAACCCAAAAAGCCAAAGGCAGCCAAGGAUACAACGGUGAAGAAUGCGAAGCCGUUGAAGUCUGCAUCCAAGGAGAAGCCUGAGGUCAAGCCCAAGGAAAAGGGUUCCCCAGCGCCCAUACAAAUCAAGUGGCCAUUGGCAAACAAGCGGGCCAAGCGCAGAAAAUCCCUCAAGAAAGCCGACGAAAGCACCGAGGAUGCUUCGCCAAAGGAUGUGGAGAAGGUGGGCAGUGAGUCCAGCGAUGAUAUUGAGAUCAUAGCCGAGGAAUUGAACCCCCAGAAGAAGCCAAAGGUUUUAGAGCCAGAAAAGGACAAGAAAUCAAAGAGUCUAGAGCCAGAAAAGAAGCAGAUGAGUCGGAAAAACGAUCAGGAAGCAGUGGAGCAAAAAGACAAAGUGAUUCUUGUAGAGGUGGACAAGUCAGAGGAGGAUAAGAAAAAGGACAAGAAUCUAUCACCAAAAGAAACCAAGAAAUCGGAGUCCACUUCCAGUCAAGAAUCCACAAAGAAGGAGAAGAAAGUAGAUAAAGAGGCUCUUGCCGAGGCCGACAUCUCAGUAAUCCUCUCCAGCAGCGAGGACCAAAACUCGAGCAGUGAUCAUGAGAUGGAUGUGGACACAGAGGUCGCGGAGAAGCCCGAUGCCCCAUUGAGAAAGAGUCUCCCGGAGUCCACCAUUGAUGCCCCGAAGACACUCACGCCCAAGCAGCAGCGUCUCCUCGAGCAGCGGCGAAAGGCUCGCGAGGAGAAAGAGCAGAAACUGGCCGAAGAGCGUCGCCUCAAGCAGCAGGAGAAGGAGCAGAGAGAGCAGCAAAAGAAGAACGAGCGCGAACAAAAAGAGCAACAGCGGAAGCUGGAGCGCGAGGAGAAGGAGCAGCAGAAGAAGGUGGAGAGAGAGGAGAAAGAGCGCAAGCGACAGGCGGAGGUUGACUCCAAAAACGAGGAGAAACGCAAGCGGAACGAGGCCAAGGAGGAGGUGCAGCGCAAAAAAGACGAGGAGCGUCGCAAAAAGGAACUAGAGCGCGAGGAAGCUGAGCAGAAGAAGAAACGGGCAGCGGAAUCCUUCACCAAGUUCUUUGUGCCCAAGCAACCAAAAUCUGGUGGCAAUACCAAUGCCACCUCGUACCUGGAGCACGAACAGUCCAGCUGCGACAGCACCAAGGGCAACAGUCAGACCCUUGCCUUCCGUCCCUUCCAGAUCAAGGACGAUAUGCUUCUGGCGCCCGUCACGCGUGCCUCUAUGAAACAUGAGCAUCGGUCCCAGCUGGAUGGACUCUUCAGGCACGCCGAGGAGAACGAAGGAGAAGAUUCGGAUACGGACGAGGAUAUCAGUCGAAGGAAGCGACCCGGCCGAGCACAUCUCUAUCUCAGUGAACUGAAAAGCGGCCGCCACAAGCCGCUAAAGAUGCUGCGGGAUGCAAGGCUCCAAAAGUACACCAAGGAGGAGGAUGAUGACGAUGUUCAAGUAAUAGAUGACCUCGCCACAGCUGGACUGCCCAUUGAAGAGGAGCAGCCAAAGCUGCAGGCCAGGAUGCGAACCAAGUAUCUACACUUUGCGGAUAAUCGUAGGCCUCCGUACUACGGCACCUGGCGCAAAAAGAGUCAGACUAUCUCUGCCCGCCGUCCGCUGGCCCACGAUAAGGUUCACUUUGACUACGAGCUGGACUCUGAUUGCGAGUGGGAAGAGGAGGAGCCGGGCGAAUCGCUGAGCGCCAGCGAGGAUGAGAAAGAGGAACGCGAAUCGGAGGAGGAGUCCGAGGAGGAGUACAACGAGUGGUAUGUGCCGCAUGGCCAUCUUAGUGAUGAGGAGUUGCAGAAUGAUGGCGAUGGCGAUGAUGGCCACACGCGUGAGGCACAGAAAGCCAAACUGCAGGUGCUGCAACAAGAGUUUGCCCAGGAAAUGAAGAAGCAGACAAAGAAGAUAAAACCGCGCUUGCUGGGACCCGUCUGGCUGGACGAGAAUGGCAACCAGUCGGAGCAGCUGCCCGCCAUCUUUGUCAACACAAUCAGCAUGUAUGCCUGCUGGAGUGCUGUGGAUUCCAUUAGCCUAGAGCCGCCACCGGAACCGGAACGGGACGAUCAGGGUCCCGAGCCGCAGUUACCGCUGCAGUUGGACGACCGUCUGCUUCAGCAACUGGUCCGUCUGACCCACGGCAAUCGCAACUCCAAGACAUUCCUGAUUAAUGAGUAUUUGGAAUACCUAAAGACUCAGAUGGCAGCCUCUGGGGAACCGAAUCGAACACUGUUGCCCGCCAAGGCUGCAAUCCGUGAGAAGAUCGAAGAGCUGGCCACCUGGAAGCCUGUGGAGCUAAGCACUCCCGAACAGGCCGCCAAGAAGACCAAAAAGCCCAAGAAGCGUCUCUGUUGGAUAGUAACCAGCGAAAUGCUGCAAAAGUUUCAACUCCAAGAGCUAACCCUGCACAAUCAAUGGGAUUAUACGCUGACGCCGAAGGUGAGCGAGGCAGGAGGAGGAGCAGGAGGUGGAGGAGCAGAGGCACAGCAGCACGAGCUAAGUCCUCCAGCAGAUGCCUCACCAGUGGCCGCCCAAACUCCUGCCACGAUCUCAGCCUCUAUAACACCCAAUACGACACCCGUUGGACAGGCUAAAAGCGGCACCAAAAAGCGGGCCACCCUGCUCAUGUCUGUGCCCAGAGAUCAGCCGAUUCCCUCGGCCGCCAAGAACGCAUUGAUUAGUCAGUUUCUGCGCCGUCAGACUGAUGCCAAGGAGAAGGAGAAACAGAAAGAGCUGGGGCAAAAGCAGAAGCCAGCGCCUAUUGUCAACGAUGAUGUGGUUAUGCUCUCGGAUUAGUCUUCCUCUCUCCCUAAGUUUACAUAUAUAUAUAUUCGGAAUAUUAAACCUUUUUCUUGUCGCUAGA